CUGCCCGCAGCAGCUCGGUCUGUGGCGGCUGUUUGUGUCCGCCGCACCAAAAAAAAUCCUCCGCUGUGUUUUUUCUCGCUCUCGUUCCCUCCCGCCGCUGUUGAUGCGCCCGAAUCCGCCCGCUGCUCGGUCCACACGGCCGCCGAAGGCUCGUUUGAUCUCCGCUGCGGGCGUUAUGCGCUCAAACGAGGCCUACACGCUGAAGCUGUCCUGCUCCUCUUCCUCAUCCUCAUCCUCCUCCUUCCGUGCAUGAAUCUCACCGUGAUGGCUGAUGAACAACAACAACAACAGCCCGGUGGUGCCGGAUCCGCGCUACAGACCCCCGAUGCGACGGCGCUGCAGUAUAACAAGAUCAAGAAUUCCAUUUGCAAAUCUGUACAAUCAAAAGUUGAGAGUAUAUUGCAAGAUGUUGAGAAGUUUACAGACAUCGAAAAGCUCUACCUCUACCUCAAGUUGCCUUCUGGUCCCAGCAGUGGCAAUGACAAAAGAACUGAAAAUCAGAGGGCGUCUGCCAGUCCUCCGACAUGCGACCAGAACUCCAUGUCGUCAAGCCGGACUCAACAGAUGUAUGCUUUCAACUGGAUCCGAAAUCACCUGGAAGAGCAUCCCGAAACCUCACUGCCAAAACAAGAGGUGUACGACGAAUACAAGAGUUAUUGCGACAAUCUGGGCUACCAUCCUUUAAGUGCAGCUGAUUUUGGAAAGAUCAUGAAAAAUGUUUUUCCUAACAUGAAGGCACGCCGUUUGGGCAUGAGGGGGAAAUCAAAGUACUGCUACAGUGGAUUGAGGAAGAAAGCAUUUGUUCACAUGCCGUCACUCCCUAACCUGGACUUACACAAAUCAGGAGAUGGGUGUGAGUUGUUGGAGUCGACGGGCCAGUCUCCCAGUGCUGAGGAUGAGAUGCGCUCUGCAGCAUGUGGUCUUGUGUGCGAAUGGGCCCAAAAGGUUCUGAGUCGCCAGUUUGACAGUGUGGAGGAGCUCGCCCGCUUUCUUCUCAACAGUCACUAUAUCGGGACUAAGUCCAUGGCGGCACUGACUGUUAUGACUGGAACACCAACAGGUAUGAAAACCCCUACGCCAGCCUCUGCGUUUGUGCCGACUGGCGAAGCCAACACUUUCCAGCCACAAGUGAAGACCCUCCCUUCACCCUCUGUAGAUGCCAAACAGCAACUGCAGCGUAAGAUCCAGAAGAAGCAGCAAGAACAGAAGCUCACCUCUCCUUUACCAACUGAAGCCCUGGUCAGGAGGGUAGAGGCGGGCACACCAGUCCCUGGAUCCAGCCUCACCUCUGGAAGUCCUGCGUUAUUGUCCCCUCAACCAACCAUAGGCAUUGUGGUAGCAGCAGUGCCAAGUCCGAUCACAGUUCAGAGAAACAGACAACUAAUGACCUCUCCAAGUCCUGUCGGGGCGGCAGAGGGAAAAGUUGUACCUGUUAACUUCCAGGUUGUGACACAAUCUGUUAAGCAGUCUCCAAAAACACCCCAGAAUAUCCCUGCCAGCCCAGUCGGUGACAGGUUGGCCAGGCACCGUUAUGCCCAGAUUUUACCUAAACCCUCUGCCACAAGCGCAAUUGCACUUCACUCGCCCUCAACACUCCUCAUCACCAACAGUCCCAUCAAGACGGUGAUGCCCACGCCUCAUGUUAGUUCAGUAAAUGUGGUCAAGAUGACUGCAAUAUCACUAGCGCCCAACAGUAGUAGCAGUAGUUGUACUCCGACCCCAUUACGACCUGCUUCAGCGGGCAUCAGUAGCACAAUUUCCCAGGAGGAGUCGAACCAAAACCAGCAAGCUCAGAAUGGUGGUCCUACCACAGCUUUUCAGUCACCUGGGGUUGGGAAAGCUGGGCGACCUUUCAUGACCCCAACCCCAUCGGUGUCCACCACAACUAGUGAGGUCAGGUUGACAUUUGAAGCUGUGAAUGACUCAUCUACUGCUGUUGACAAACAAAGCACCAUAUCAUGGGCAUAUACAGGACAAAAGAAUGAAAGAGCCACUAAAUUUAGGGCUUCCAGUGAACCAUCUCUUCUUGUCAAGGCAUCGCCUGUGCCUGAGAGAGUAACAAGGGCCAAAAGUGACUCGGCAGCACCAUCAAGUACAAUCAUGGGGGCAGUUGCCCCGUGCAGCAAUAACAAAACCAAUGAUCAGCCAGAAAGUACUUUGUAUUUAACCGUUACCAGCCAGAAUGCAGAUGCUGAAUUGGCAUCCAUUAGUAUGGUGGCACCUACAAGCACUUCUCCCAAAGAUGUUGGUCUCGGUCCAAAAAGCCCUCGAAAACGUUCUGCGUCUGUCUUGGAAACACACACAAUCCCAGUAAAAAGAGUAUUCAUUUCACAGCAACCUGGUCUAAUCAUAGCAGCUAAGAAGAUCCAGAGACCAGGAACCGCAGCGAGACCAGAGAGUGCUCCGUGCAAAGUGACACUGAGACAGAGUAGCUCUCUUCCGUCUCAAAUCCUGGCUCUUUCCGAUACUCCUAUUGGAACCCUGGCCACCUCUCAGACUGUUAAUCCUCAGAGCUCUUCACAAAUGGACAGUGAGGAUGCUGACAUUAGCGCUAGUGAAACAGCUCCCGGUAAUAGCACAGUUUCAGAUCACUCCUUACUGCAGCAAAUCACUAGUCACCAACGGGUCACCAGUGCAGUUUCUCAGGAGGCAUCUGCUGUAAGUGAGCUUAAGAGCUCAUUACAAGACUACUCCCAACAGAUACAAGCAGAACACAAGCAGAUUGCAGCUAAUCCCUUACCGUUGAUGGCCCAAGCACAAGGAGCCUCAAAUCAGCUUACUCUUCAACAGGACAUUGUUGAUUUUGCAGGAGCUCAAGCUAGCAUUGACUAUUUCCCCUUCAACGAUGAUGAUAUGACCCAGGAUAGUAUUGUAGAAGAACUUGUACAGAUGGAGGAACAAAUGAAAUUGAAUAGCAGUUUGCAAUCCUACCUAAAUUGCGUAGACAUGUCCCUACAAGGUCAAGCCUCAAUUGGCCAAGGAACCAUCAUGUCGCCCCAUCAGACCAGUACACAGUUUUAUCACUCCUCCCAUAGUAGCGCCACACCGAUCCACACGCCAACACCGACGCCCACCCCGACACCAACGCCGACUCCAACUCCUACCUCUGAGAUGCUACCAGGUGGGCAUAGCUUGACCAGAGAGAGUCCUUGUUCCAGAAUGGCAACUGUGACCCCUGUGGAUAACAUCUUGGGUGGGCGCCACACACCCAUCAGCACCCCUCUCUCAAACUGUAGCAGCAGUGUCCCUCCUAGCCCUGUUGAAUGCCGUAACCCAUUUGCGUUUACCCCUAUUAACUCGAGCAUAACAGGUUAUCAUGAUGCUACCAUUGUGUCGAGCAGUCCAGUGAAACCCAUGCAAAGGCCAAUGGCAACCCAUCCAGAUAAAGCUAAACUAGAGUGGAUCAACAACCGGUAUAACAGCACCUCGGGCUCUCCCGUUGUUUCGAACAACAAUACAAUUAGUAUCCUGCCGAGUUACCAGGAUCUGGUUGAGGAUCAUUUCUGCAAACCACACGCCUUCGCCAUCCCAGGUCAAUCUCUCCAGUCUCAGUCAAGGCAUCAGGAGGGAAAUUUGGGAAGGUUGACGACUGUUUCUCCAGUGCAGCAAGGUCCACAAACGACCCUUAAUGGCAAGCAAGAAAGUUUUGCUGUCCCAGCUCCGUUGGACAAUAAAGGGACAGGAAGCACAUCUACGUCAGGUGGUGGAACUUUCCGUUGUCGUAGUGUCAGCCCGGCGGUUCGUCAGCGCAAUCUUAGUGGCACCACUGCACAAACAGUCCCAACCCCGAGAUCUAUUGUGUCUCCAUUUAAUUGCCCCCUGACAUCUGAGGUCCUGAGCAUUCUCUCCAACAACCAAUCAGUGGUCUGUGCCAGCAGCUUGGCCCAGAGGAGCCAGUCGGUGCCACUGAAUAUCAUGAUGCAGUCGGAGCUAUUGCCCAUCAGUCACCAGGUGCAGCAAAGCAAUAGCGCCAAGAUCACCACUGUGCUCCUCAGCAAGAUGGACACGGAUGGAGACGAUGCAGUGCGAGGACUGGGCAUCAAUAACCUUCCUGCAAAUUACACAGCACGGAUGAACUUGACCCAAAUAUUGGAGACCACACAGGGCUUCCCUGGAGGCCCCAAUCAUCAGAACCAGCAACUGCCUCUGGACUCGAGCCCUUCACCUUUUGACUUCCAGAAGACUGGUUACCUCAUAAGAACAGGAGAGCAACAGGUCACCUUCUCCUGUGGUGACAGCCAAGCACAAUCAGGCUCUGGGUUGCAGCAACAAGAAGUGCAGCUUCAGCUUGAAGAACCACAGUUGGAGCUGCACGAUCAACAGCUACUGCUCCAGAAUCAACAGCUGCAACUCCAGGACCAACAGUUGCAACUCCAGGACCAACCAGAGUUACAAGAAGAUGCAGAACUCACCAAGCAGCACUUGUUACCCCAAACCUCACAGCAGGUUGAUGUUGACCAGGAGCAGCAAGAGCAGCUGGAUUUUAACAACACCGUCAAGGAUCUCUUGGGGGAGGACGGACUCAACCCCAGUUCACAACUCGUUGGACAAGUGGCGUCAGAGCUCAGUGCUGUUGCCUCUGACUUCUCCAACGAUAUCCGGUUGACCUCGGAUCUCUCGAGUAGCAUUAACGAUCUGAACACUUUGGACCCCAACUUGCUGUUUGACCCCAGUCAACAGCAGGACCAAUAUGAAGACGCCACACUGGAAGAAUUGAAGAACGACCCUCUGUUUCAGCAGAUUUGCAGUGAUACUGUGAACUCCGCUGGUUUUGAUUGGCUGGAGAACAAAGACCAGCCAACGGUGGAAAUGUUGGGAUAAUAUUAUUAUUUACUGUUCCUGUUGACGUCGUCAUCGUCGUUGUUUAUAUUUAUGGGUUCUGUUGAACGUUUUGUUUUUGUAUCGUGUCGUUUUGUGUAUCCUUUAUGUACAAGAGUUGUCAAUUGACGUGUUUGUGCAGCAAAAAUCUGGACGCUUUGGACUGUCCAUUGUAAAGUGCCAGCCUGAAGUAAGUCUCAUACAGGCAUGUGCUUUAAUCUGAAUUUUAUACAAUUGUUUUGAUUGUAUUUCUGUUGUAUGAUUUCACCACUCAUUCCAGUCAUUUCUCUCCGUUCAGAAAUAUUUCCUCUGGUUGCAACUGGUAGUUAUGAACGUUGAAGACAAUAAGACAUCGCCUGGUGCACAGUCUACUCGCAAGCGUAACUUUGAUUAAUUCGCUCUUUUAUAUUGGUGUCCACUACAAUAUAGUGGUACAUCGAGAACCUGCAUGCAUAAUUAGCUUUUUCAACAAAAUGCAAUAUUCAAGUGACAAAUCAUUGACUUUGCCAAAACUCCCUUUCUAGACAGUCAACCAAGUAUCCUUUAUUGUGGCUUUGGGGGUAUGGCAGGAUGUCAGAUUGCAAAGGAGUAUACCCAAAUAUUGCGGAGGUGAAAUAUCACAUUUACAUAUCGUAAAUCGUCAGUUCAUUGAGCUGCAAAUAUUUUAGGUGCUACUUGGUGCUCACUUCAAGAAUCAAGAAUCGUGAUAACUGAACCAUUCAUCAGCCGUUUGAUUUGUCGAAAUGUAUUCACAUUUUGGGGCGAAAAGGUAUUUAUGGCCAUAAUACUUGUACUGUUAAAUUAAAGCGGUUUGGGAGUGUUUUUUCGCUAUAUAUGUUAAAACGAAGAAGAAUGGGAAGAGAAGACUCUUUUGCCUUAUUUAUAGAGUCUCAAGGCCUUAUUCCAUCUCAUAAAAGGCUUUUUUGUGUUGUUCUGAUUUUAAGAAUUUCUUAAAAGAACGAUCUAGGUGCACUUAAAAUAAAAAGCAUGACUUUAGUUGCGAUUUAACGGUGAAGUUUCCAGAACAUCAUAUCAAACUAGCUAGCCAUUUGUAGGUCCGUCCACCUUUAUUUAGUGCAUUAUUCCAGAUUGGUGGUUUCUAUGACUAUGGUAUGGUGACGGCUUGAUAUACUUAACAAGGAUUUGACUAACUUCAGAGUGAACCGGUGUCAUUUUUCGGCCUUAACUCCAUACCAAAGAGAAGCUGUCGAAGAACAAGUAGAGAUUGUGAUGUGUUGUUUUCAUCUUUAAUCGCCCGUCCUCUAAAAGGGAUCUCCUUGGACGUUUUUCUUGUUUUAGCGGAUUGCGGUAAAGAAUCAUUCCUGGAUGAAUUCAUAAUUGUGUAAAUGAUGUAUAUGGACAUUUGGGAUGUACAGAUAACUAUGGAUGCUACAGAAGUUCACGAAGGCUGAAUUUGGCCGUUCUAGACGUUGAAGGUGGAGCCACAUUUGUACAAAGGACAUCGUGUUCAUCAUGCUGUUUGCAUUUUAUCAAGGCUGUAUAUUGGUGAUUAUUGUAGGUAGAUGAGAGUGCCCUUACGGAAACAGAAAACGACGAUCAUAACAAGUGCAAAGCAGCACGAUUAUUCCGCUUUGUUACGUUUCUAGCUUCUGUGAUGUAGUCUUGCUGUCUGUCGCUGUCGCUCACUGAUGUACCAUUUUUCUUAAGAGUUUAUUGGUUCCUGCAUAGGAAUAUGUGAUGUGUAAAUCAAGAGAGGAUAUUAUAGCAUGGAUUUAUCAAGAAAAAAAGAAAUUAGGUAAGACUUAAAUAUAAAGGUGUUCGUUUUAUUGUGACCGCUUAAUCUUUGUGUGCAGAGACGAAUCUGAAGAUCAAACACUGGAGAAGGGUUGGGAGUUUAGAAAACGUACAGACAUUCAUCUUAUUGCACUAAAAGCUUUUACAUUGUUAUAGUCGUUCUUAUGUUCUUACAUAUGUGUGAAAACUCGUUUUAGAUGUUAAAGAAACGGUUAAACCCCAAAUGGAAAUUGGAUGCAGGUAAAUCGUUUUCAUUUUGGGGUGACUGUUCUUUUAAGGACACAUUAAACAAUUGGUGCCCACAUUGUUCUUUAUGAAAAGGCUAUAAAUAUCAAAAGGGGAAUUACUCGUGCUAGAUAACGACCAUAAAUAAUUGCCUUAUCUCAAUGAGAUCAGCGUUGUACAAGUUCUCAUAGCUGAGAAUAAAAUAUGAAAUUAAAACAUUGACUUAAAAAAGCCAACAUGCAUCACCAUGUUAUAAAAUGACUGUAUGUGCACAUGUAUGUUAAAGUAACUAUGGUAAUAUUUGUUGUGACCAGUCCCUUAGCCAAUCAGAGCACUGGUGGCACGACCAGAGCAGUUCAUCAAAAUCUAUCCGCAUUAUAUGAUGUUUACCAAGUAAAAAUGCAUCUUUUAUGUUUCUGUUUAUGAAUGUUGUUUUAAUUUUUUACAUAUAUCUUCCAUUUUCUUCUUUUUGUAUAAAAAAUGCCUAUGUGAAGAAAGCUGUAAAUAAGUUUUUGUUUUUGGCAUUUAAUAAUGCACUGAUUACCAUUUUUUAAAUAUUUUUAUUUCUGAAGUCAAUUUACAAUCCUUUUUUGAUACGCGGGGAUUGAUGUUGUUUGUCAGGACGGUCCCGUAGAAAAGCGUGUUGGUUAUUUCUGUCCGUUUGGAAGUGUAGAUUUGAGCGCUGGUGUUAUUAUCUGCUGGAUGUGGACAAUAGCCUGUUAAUAUUGCAAAAGCGUUUCAGCAAUGGUUUUUUCCCCCCCUUUUGUUUUUCCAAUGGAAAGUACUCACAGGUGAGAUUUUUUAAGUGGUUUUAAAAGCCAAUAAACAUUUU